CAAAGCUUUUUGAUCGAUCUCUCAUCUCUCUGGUCCGCGACCCGAACGCGCGCGCACUACGCGCCUUCUCCUUCGAUUCUUUGCGAGCCUAGCCAUUCAAUCCCCCCUCCCUCUCUUCGCGCCAUGGACGGCGACGCGACGGGCUUCAUCUCGCCGGAGAUCCGCGACGCGCUGGCCAAGGUGGCCGUGUUCGUGCUCGUGCAGGGGCUGGUCUACCUCAUCCUCCGCAACUCGUCGAGCGUCUUCUCCAAGGACAGCAAGCUGAGGUCCAUGAGCUUCCGGUCGAUGCGCUCCAUGAGCGUCAGGCGGGUGCUGGCGCCGCUCUCCGACGUCCCCGUCGGCACCGACGAGCCCUCGCCGUCGCCGUCGCCUUCGCCGUCGUCCUUGUCGCGCCUCUGGGCCAGCCGCCGUGAGGAUUGAUUCGCUUGAAAGCUUUAAGCGGUUAGUGCUAGCUUCUGGGCUCUAACCGCUAGGUAGUUUGGUUGUUCUGAUUUCUGAGCAUACCUGGAUUGUCAGUUGGUUUGUGAUUGGUGGAAAUGGGAAUUGAGCUCUGCAAAGGAAGCAUACUAGAGUAAAUCUUGUAGAUAUAUAUAUAUGUUGAUUGGAUGAGAUUAAACUGAA